AUGACGGACUUUGCCAAGAAGGCGGGCCUAGUCGCUGGGGGCGUCAUUGCGGCUCCGAUCGCCCUAGCCGCAGUUGGAGCAAAAUCGGCCUACGAUGCUCUGACCAAAGAAGACGUCGAAGCUUCACCAGUUCACGACUUCAAAGAAACCACUACUACGACCACGAUAACUCGGGAAUACCACGAAAAAGAAGGUCACGCCUCUCCGGAGCUUCCAACGGAUCCGGAGGAAUCCUUCAAGAUCACCACGACAACAGUUUCUCGGGAAUACCAUGACUCCCGUCGUGGCUCCGAACUCGAUGAUAGCCAGCUUUCUCCGGCGGCCACCGAAGACUCGCAAUCUUCCAAAUACGCUGAGAAAAUUGUAACAAAAUCUGACGUUGAUGAAAGCGAACCAGAUUACAAGAGAACCGUCACCAUGACCACUGAGAUUCACGAGUUUCUCCGUGGAGACGAGUUGCCGGAAGAAGAUCUUCAAGCCAGGCCAAGUCACUUCGAAAAAGAAGACUUUGAUCAACGCCGGCUUUCUGCUGCAUCUGAAAAAGCUCUUGAAGAUGAUGGAUACAUCGAGAAAAUCACUACAAUUUCAACCACCAACGUCGAUGGAGAGGAGCCGACGACGAGCGUGACCACAAAGGUCCUGGAGCAUCACCCAGAAGAUGUCCCUGACCAAGAGCAUCGACGACCUUCUGCAACCUCGGAGAAGUCUCUUCCAGCUGAUUACACCGACAUCAUCACCACUACCACGACUGUUCAUGAGCAUCACCACGAAGACGUCAAACAGCCGAUGAUCGAAACGGCGAUCCAGGAGAAGCCAUCUUCUGAAGUUGAAUCUCCAACGCCGGAGCCCGUUGACGUCUCCGAGUCAACGACAGUCACCAGCUACACCUUCGAGCAGCCUGAACAAUAUCUACAACGCACUGAAACUGCUGAAAAUGACCUCGAAGAUUUGCCAACUCCAUCAGAACAGAAAGAAAUCUGUUCAGAUGAAGCGGAAGUCGAAGGAAGAGCUUCACCUGGAAGAAGGCUAUCUACAGAAUCGGGACAUCAUGAGCACGUUCUAGCUAGUCCAUCUGAACAGAAACACUUGGAAGAGCAUGACUUCCCCUCUGAACAAAAAGACCUACCAUCUCCAUCGGAAUCGAAGAAUCUCCAAGAAGAAGUGCAUCAAGGAGAAUUCGGAAGAGAAGCUGGAAAGUUAUCAGAAGACCUCGCUCCUGAACAAAAAGACUUGGAAGAAGCAGAAUUGGACCUCGAAGUGGCUCCAGCUUCCAGAAAACUGUCAGAAUCCGAAAAAGCCGAGUAUGACUUCCCUUCUGAACAAAAAGACCUGUCAUCCCCCUCAGAACAUGAAGACUUGACGAAAGAAGCUCCAGCUUCCAGGAAACUUUCUGAGAAAUCUGCAGAAGGUGCAGCACAUCCUGAUCCAUACUUCACCGAGAAAAUCACAACCACGGAAACUCUUCGCAAAUAUCACGACGGAGAAGAGGAGCCAGAGCUCGAAGAAAAGAAGAUUCACGUCGAUAUUGAUGAAACAACGAUUCGGGAGUAUCGCGAAACCGCGAACGAGGAUGGUAUCGUGGAAAGGCAGACGGUUGAGCCAGUUCAAAUCGAAAGAACUACUACGGUCACCACGGAAACUUCCUACGAAGGGCAUGAAGACGUCUACCCAGCCGUUCCAGAAGAUCAAGCUUCAGUUGCUUCCCUAGCGGGUUCAGUGGCUUCAGAGCCGCGAGACUACACGGAGACCUCGAAGAUAACGGAAGUAAUGAAGGAAUUCUUCGUGGAUUCCUCCGAAGCGACAGAAGACGUUGAAAAAGCGGCACCGGAAAAGGGAGAAGGCGCUGAAGACUUCGAGAAGGCUGAAUCUGGAGACGAAGAGACUCUAGGCGACAAGAUGCUUGGAUUCGCCAAGAAGGCUGGAAUGGUCGCUGGAGGCGUUAUCGCGGCUCCUGUCGCCUUGGCUGCCAUCGGUGCCAAAACCGCCUACGACGCUAUCAAGAAGGGCGACGAAGAUGAGGAAGACUUUGAACAACAGGACACGCUGAAAUCUGAUGAGAAGCUGCCAUCUCGAAGAGAAUCUGAAAAGUCGCUACUCCGUCACGAUUCCGAUCCAGGCCUGGAUCGCAGAGAUUCGCAUUCUCAACCGCCCUCGCAGAAGGCUGAUUCAGAAGAUGAGGAUUUUGAGCCAACACCAGCUCAUCAAUAUCCCUCGAGUGAGCACUGGACAACGGAAGUUGAAAAUUUCCAGAAGCACCAAGAAGUUCCUGAAGAGCAUUUCCAACCGGAAUCUGAAGAACAGGAACUUUCACCUGUCGGAAAGUCAAUGCCAACUGACUUCACUGAGACAAUCACCACUACAACGAUUGUUCGGGAGUUCCAUCACGAGGAAAAAGAGCCAUCAUCACCAGCUUCAUCCAGAAAAUCACAUUCUGAAUAUCAAGAGGACUUCAAGUCUUCUCCGGUUGGCUCCGAAGAUCACGACUUUGAGCCAACUCCAGCUCACCAAUAUCCAUCAAGUGACCAUUGGACGACCGAAGUGCACGACUUCCAUAAACAUCACGAGGUUCCUGAAGAGCAUUUCCAACCUGAAUCUGGUGACCAACAGACUUCUGCUGUAAUUUCUGAAAAGUCCAUUCCUACCGGCUUCACUGAAACAGUUACCACGACUACAACCGUCCGCGAAGUUCACGCCGAUUUCGAGGAGCCUUCUUCACCAGCUUUGUCAAGAAGGGCAGACUCGGAAGACCAAGACUUUGAAAAAACUCCAGCUCAUCAAUAUCCCUCGAGUGAGCACUGGACAACUGAAGUCGAAGAUUUCCAUCGACAUCAGGAAGUUCCAGAAGAGCACUUCCAGCCAGAAUCUGAACACCGAAAGCUAUCCCCUGGAGGCUCUGAAAAGUCCAUUCCAACGGGCUUCGUAGAAACGGUGACGACUACUACAACUGUCCGGGAGUUCCACCAAGAACAGGACGAGCCAUCUUCGCCAGCUUCCUCUAGGAAGGCCGAUUCAGAAUUCCACGAGGAGGAGCCCACUAGAGCUCAGGAUCAUCUUGCUUCACCGAUCUCCUCGGAAAAGGCCGAUUUGGAAGACCAUGAAUUUGAACCAACACCUGCUCAUCAAUAUCCAACAAGUGAGCAUUGGACGACUGACGUUCACGACUUCCACCGACGCCAAGAAGUUCCAGAGGAUCACUUCCAACCAGAAUCGGAAGAUCAGAAGCUUUCUCCUGAAGCCUCUGAAAAGUCGCUUCCAACAGGUUUCACUGAGACAGUUACUACUACCACUACUGUCCGUGAAUUCCACACAGAUUUCGAGGAGCCUUCCUCACAAGCUUCGUCAAGAAAGGCAGAUUCCGAAGAUCAUGAUUUCGAACCGACUCCAGCUCACCAAUGCCCAACAAGUGAGCACUGGACGACUGAAGUUCACGACUUCCAGAAACACCAGGAAGUUCCUGAAGAGCAUUUCCAUACGGAAUCUGAAAGCCAGAAACUCUCGCCUGUCACUUCUGAGAAGUCCAUUCCCACUGGCUUCACGGAAACAGUCACGACAACUACGACUGUUCGAGAAGUUCAUCAUGAAGCCCAAGCUGCAGAAGCUCAAGAUGAUGAACUUUUCACAGAAACUUCUCAAAGACGUCCUUCUGAAGCCGAAAUCCAAACCAAACCUGAAGACUUCAGCGAAGACAUUCAUGUCGACGUCAAUAGAGAGGGAAGACGUCGUUCUCUGGGAGUUUCUGAGGAUCCUGACGAGUUCGACGGCAGCACGCAUCUGACGGAGCGACGUCAAUCCCAAAUCGGACGUUUCGAAGUGGAGACUCUGCCGAUUGAACCUAAAAUUGAAGAAGAAGAUGAAUCUCUCGGAGAUAAGGUUCUGGACUUCGCCAAAAAAGCUGGCAUGGUCGCUGGAGGCGUCAUCGCAGCGCCAGUCGCCCUAGCGGCUGUGGGCGCCAAAGCCGCCUACGACAAGCUGAAGAGUGGAGACGAUGAAGAGGACAGCUUCGUGAGAGAAGUUGAGCCUGAAAGAUACGCAGUUGAAUCAGAAGUUUUCGAGAAGUCUGAAAUCGACGUCGUGCCUGAAUCGGUGCCAAGAGAAACUACUCCGCCCAUUCCCACGGAAAAGAUCGUCACUUCAGAAAAAACAGAGUUUGAACUACCGACUGCAGAAGACGAAAAAGUUAUCUCUGUGGCUCGGGAAACAACGCCGCCACCAGAAAACGUUUCCAAGUCCUCAAGUGCGGAAGACGUCCCCAACUUCCUAGUGGAAGGAUCAGAGGCAGAAGACCUGCCAUCAGUUCGUCGUUCGGCCGAAGUUCAGGACUUCGUGGAAGCCGCCGUCAAGCCUCCGAUCGUCAAGGAAGUCUCCGAUCUUUUCGAUCAACAAGAUCGAAUUUCGGCCGAAGAGGCUGCCGAAGCUAUGGCGGAGCAAGCCAUCGAGUCUCACUUCAAGGAACAUGAAAAGUCUGAAGAUUUGCAAAAAUCAGUACCUCUAGACCAGGCUUCCGUCGUUUCUCAGGUCGGAUCAGCGUCUUCUGAGCGUCGAAGCCACGACGAGUUUGAGAGAGCUUCUCCAGAUCUUUCAAGUGAGAAGCACGUCUUAUUGACAGACGUGGCUCUCCAUUCUCGCGACGCUGAUGAACAAAAUCCAAUUGAAAGAGUUGAAGAUUAUCUUGGCCUUGAACAUGGAUCUGGAGCCUUGGAAAUCAGUGAAGAUCAAGCUUCAGUCGCCUCUCUGGCUGGAUCCGCUGCUCAACAGCCAGCUGAGAUUGUCGAGAAAGAAGAGUUCAAAGUUCACUCCCCAGCACAAGAAGAACAUCUGAAAGAGGAGGCUCUACAUUCUCAAAUCUAUGAACAGACUCCAACCGAGAAAGUUGAAGAAUACCUUAACCUUGAACCAAAGUCUGAAGACCUGGAUGCCAUAAUCUCCGAAGAUCAAGCUUCAGUCGCCUCUCUAGCUGGAUCCGUCGUUCAACAGCCAGCAGAAAGAUUCGAUUCUCGUCGCUCUUCGGCUGGGAAGACUGCAGACGAGAUGGAAUCCUUUAAAAUCCAUUCUCCAGCUCAAGAAGAACAUCUGAGAGAUGAGGCUUUCCAUGCACGUCACGAUGAAGAACAGAAUCCCAUCGAGAAGGUCGAAGAAUAUCUCGGCCUUGAACCAAAACCUGAAGGUCUCGACGCCGAAGUUUCUGAGGAUCAAGCUUCUGUCGCCUCUCUAGCUGGAUCCUUCGUUCAACAGCCAGCUGGAAGAUUCGAUUCUCGACCUUCUUCCGCUUUGACUGACGCCGAAAAGACCGAGGAAAUUGUCGAAAAAGUUCACUCUCCCGUACAAGAAGAACAUCUAAAAGAGGAGGCUUCUCAUGAACAAGUUGAGAAAGUCGAAGAAUACUCUGACCAUGAAAUAAAACCUGAAGACCAUGCUUCUGUCGUAUCUCUAGCUGGUUCCGCUGCUCAACAACAAUUCGAAACUUCUCGACGUUCUUCAGAAGAACUCGUUGACAAGGACGACUUUAAAAUCCACACUCCAGCCCAAGAAGAACCUCAAAAAUCGUUCUCACCCAUCGAAUCCGAGCCAUAUCAAUCUGUUGCCAGAGAAGGACAGCUACAUCGAGAACCUUCUGUUACACAUCUGGAUGAAGAAGAAGAGAAGGAAUCGCUCGGCGAUAAAAUUCUAGGAUUCGGCAAGAAAGUCGGAAUGGUUGCCGGAGGCGUUCUAGCAGCUCCAGUCGUUUUGACCGCUGUUGGAGCAAAGACGGCCUACGACGCCUUAACGAAAGAAAACGAGGAAAAGCCGGCAGAAUCUGAAGUUACGACGUCUCCGCGUUUCGAGCGCUCAAUUGGAGAUGAAGAAGAUAGAGAAGACCGACGACGCUCUUUCGAAGAUCAACAUGAAGUGCCUGAAAAAGAGAAGAUCCAUCAUGAAGAUCUUGCUUCUCCUACUGCCUCGGAGAAAGCUGAUUCAGAAGAUCAUGACUUUGAGCCAACACCAGCUCAUCAUUAUCCCUCAAGCGAGCACUGGACAACGGAAGUCGAAGAUUUCCAUCGACAUCAAGAAGUUCCUGAAGAAAGAUACCAAGCUGACGUGCAGCAUGGUUUUGAUGAACCUUCUCAAGAUGAUCUGUCUCCAGUUGGUUCAGAAAGAGAUUUGCCGACAAGUUAUACAGAAACGGUGACGACCACCACCACAGUUCGUGAAUUCCAUCAAGAAGAGGAGGAGCCAUCAUCUCCAGCUUCGUCAAAGAAAUAUGGUUCUGAACAUCAGGAUGAGGAAGAACAGACUCCAGCUCAUCAAUAUCCCUCAAGUGAGCAUUGGACUACAGAAGUGCACAACUUCCAGAGGCACCAAGAGAUUCCUGGAGAACAUUUCCGACCUGAAUCUGGUGAUCAGCAGACUUCUCCUGUAACUUCUGAGAAGUCGCUUCCCACUGAUUUCACUAAGACAGUUACCACUACCACGACUGUCCGUGAGUUCCACACUGAUGUCGAGGAGCCGUCCUCACCAGCUUCGUCAAGAAAGGCAGAUUCCGAAGAUCAUGAUUUCGAACCGACUCCAGCUCACCAAUACCCAACAAGUGAGCACUGGACGACUGACGUUCACGACUUCCACCGACGCCAAGAGGUUCCUGAAGAGCAUUUCCAACCGGAAUCUGAAAGCCAGAAACUCUCGCCUGUCACUUCUGAAAAGUCCAUUCUAACCGGCUUCACGGAAACAGUUACCACGACUACAACCGUCCGAGAAUACCACCACGACGCUGAAGAGCCUUCCUCCCCAGCAUUAUCAAGAAAAGCGGAUUCUGAAGACCAUGAUUUUGAACCAACUCCUGCUCACCAAUAUCCAUCAAGUGACAGCUGGACGACUGAAGUUCAUGACUUCCAUCGACGGCAAGAAGUUCCAGAAGAAGAGCUCGGAUUUGAGGCUCGCGAAGAACAGCCAAAAUCGCCUCUAGGCUCCGACAAAUCACACCACGCUCAAGAAGAACGUUCCUCUCCAGCUUUGUCCAAGAAAUCUGCUUCUGAACAUCAAGAAGACUUUGAACUGGCUUCUCCAGUUUUGUCGGAAAAGGCUGGCUCUGAGCCACAAGAAGAAGAGCAAACUCCAGCUCACCAAUAUCCUUCGAGUGAAAAUUGGACGACCGAAGUUGAAGAUUUCCAUCGACAAAAGGAAGUUUCUGAAGAGCAUUUCCAUCCGGAAGUUAGAAGUGAGAAAGUACCAUCUCCUUUGUCCUCAGAAAAGUCCUUCCCAGCUGAAUUCACGGAGACGGUGACGACUACCACGACCGUGCGGGAGUUCCAUCAUGAACCCGAAGAAGCAAGAGAUAUUACUACGCCUGGAACCUCUGACGAACCUAGAGGAAAAGAGCCUGCGUCUCCAGCUCGUUCUGAGAAGGCUGAUUCAGAAGACCGUGACUUCGAACCAACUCCAGCUCACCAAUAUCCGUCAAGUGAACACUGGACGACCGGAGUUCACGACUUCCAUAGGCGCCAAGAAAUUCCGGAAGAGCACCUUGCUUUUGAAGAGCCUCAAAAAUCGCCAAUAAGCUCCGAAAAAUCCAUUCCUACUGGUUUUACUGAAACAGUCACGACAACUACGACUGUUCGAGAGUUCCACCACGAGGCUGAAGAGCCUUCUUCACCGGCCUUGUCCAGAAAGGCUGAUUCUGAAUAUCAAGAAGACUUGAAGUCCUCUCCAGUUGAGUCGGACGACCACGACUUUGAGCCAACUCCAGCUCACCAAUAUCCGUCAAGUGAGAACUGGACGACCGAAGUUCAUGAUUUCCAUCGAGGGCAAGAAGUUCCAGAAGAGCAACUGGCCUUCGAAGAUCAUCAGAAGUCGCCUCUGGGAUCAGAAAAAUUCAUCCCUACUGGUUUUACUGAAACUGUUACUACGACCACGACUGUCCGCGAGUUCCAUCAAGACGCGGCUCCUCAAGACGAAGAAGACUCCUCGUUCGUCCCUGGCUACACGCAGACUAUCUCAACGACAAGUGAAGUUCAUGAAUUCCAUCGAAAUGCUGAGCUUGUUGACGAAAAAUUCAGCCCGGAUCAUCAUCAGAAAGACGAAGGUCAUGCUGUUGAGUCGUACCCAGCUCACGAAGCCGAAGAAGAUGUUGAGCCACAAGAGUACGCCGAAAUCGGAGGCGAAUCUGAAGAUAAGAAGUCGUUUGGAGGCAAGAUGCUCGACAUCGGCAAGAAGGUCGGCCUGGUAGCAGGAGGAGUCAUCGCUGCUCCGAUUGCCCUUGGUGUCAUUGGAGCUAAGAGCGCUUACGACGCCUUGAAAAAAGACGACGGAGAGCCUUCUGAAUACCAUUACGAAGAACAAACUUCUGAAGCCAAGCCAAGUACUUUUGUUGAAGACCAGCCACCUCCUUAUCAAUACGACGAACAUGCUGAAGACGUCUCUUAUGAAAAACCAGAGUCUCCAAGUUCCGAGCGAUCUGUAGAAAAGAGUGAAUCCGAACGGCGUCCUUCUGAAGUAGGAUCUAUCUCAGAGAAGAAAGAAGAAAUCGAAGAUCAGCUUCGCUCUCCUUCGACUUCCGAAAAGGGUAUUCCAGCUGACUACACAGAAACGGUAACUACAACUACUACCAUUCGCGAAUUCCAUCCUGCAACUCAGGAGCCUUCAUCUCCAGUUUCAUCUAGAAAGUCAGAUUCUGAGGACCACGACUUCGAACCAACUCCAGCUCACCAGUAUCCCUCAAGUGAGCACUGGACAACUGAAGUUGAAGAUUUCCAUCGACGGCAAGAAGUCCCUGAAGAGCAUUUCCAACCGGAAUUUGAAGGUCAUCAGCUGCCAUCACCUCUGUCUUCAGAAAAAUCUCUUCCCACUGGUUUCACGGAAACUGUGACAACAACUACAACUGUCCGUGAGUUCCAUCAUGAGCCCGACGAGCCGACAUCUCCAGUUUCAUCCAAGAAGGCUGAUUCUGAAUAUCACGACGAGGAGCUUACUUCGGCUCAGGAAAAUCUUGCUUCUCCGAUUCCCUCGGAAAAGGCCGGCUCUGAAGACCUUGACUUUAAACCAACACCAGCUCAUCAAUACCCCUCGAGUCAGCACUGGACAACCGAUGUUCACGACUUCCACCGACGCCAAGAAGUUCCAGAAGAGCACUUCCAGCCAGAAUCUGAAGAUCAAAAGCUUUCUCCAGGAGCUUCUGAAAAGUCACUCCCAACUGGCUUCACUGAGACAGUAACUACUACUACGACUGUCCGUGAAUUCCACACUGAUGUCGAGGAGCCUUCCUCACAAGCUUCGUCAAGAAAGGCAGAUUCCGAAGAUCAUGAUUUCGAACCGACUCCAGCUCACCAAUGCCCAACAAGUGAGCACUGGACGACUGAAGUUCACGACUUCCAGAAACACCAGGAAGUUCCUGAAGAGCAUUUCCAUACGGAAUCUGAAAGCCAGAAACUCUCGCCUGUCACUUCUGAGAAGUCCAUUCCCACUGGCUUCACGGAAACAGUCACGACAACUACGACUGUCCGCGAAUUCCACCACGAGACUAAAGAGCCUUCUUCCCCAGCUCUGUCCAGAAAGGCGGAUUCUGAAAAUCAAGAAGACUUCAAAUCUUCUCCGGUUGGUUACGAAGAUCACGACUUUGAACCAACUCCCGCUCACCAAUAUCCAUCAAGUGAUCACUGGACUACCGAAGUUCAUGACUUCCAUCGACGGCAAGAAGUGCCAGAAGAACAAUACCAAGCUGAAGUCGACCAGAAACACUCUGAAAAGUCAACAGAGCCUGAAGUCACGACGUAUUCACGUUUCGAGCGCUCGAUGGAAGCAGAGGAAGGAGAAGAUCGGCGGCGCUCUUUUGAAGAUCAGGUUCCUGAGAAAGAAAAGAUUCACGAAGAAGAGCUUGCUUCUCCAAUCGCCUCAGAAACAGCUGAUUCAGAAGAUCGUGACUUUGAACCGACUCCAUCUCAUCAUUAUCCGUCAAGCGAGCACUGGACAACGGAAGUUGAAGAUUUCCAUAGACAUCGCGAGAUUCCUGAAGAGCAAUUCCAACCAGAAUCUGAAGAACGAAAGCUAGCAUCUCCUUCGGUUUCGGAAAAAUCACUUCCAACUGGCUUCGUAGAAACGGUGACGACUACUACAACCGUCCGGGAGUUCCACCAAGAUCAGGACGAGCCAUCUUCGCCAGCUUCCUCUAGGAAGGCCGAUUCAGAAUUCCACGAGGAGGAGCCCACUAGAGCUCAGGAUCAUCCUUCUCCGAUUCCGUCCGAAAAGGCAGAUUUUGAAGACCAUGACUUUGAACCAACAUCUGCUCACCAAUAUCCCUCAAGUGAGCACUGGACGACCGACGUUCACGACUUUCAUAGACGCCAAGAAGUUCCAGAGAUGAACUUCCAGCCAAAGUCUGAAGACCAAAAGCUUUCUCCUGAAGCCUCUGAAAAGUCGCUUCCAACUGGUUUCACUGAGACUGUUACCACUACUACGACUGUUCGGGAGUUCCACCACGAGGCUGAAGAGCCUUCUUCACCAGCUUUGUCCAGAAAGGCAGAUUCUGAAUAUCAAGAAGACUUGAAGUCUUCUCCGAUCGGCUCCGAAGAUCAUGACUUUGAACCGACUCCAGCUCACCAAUAUCCGUCAAGUGAGCAUUGGACGACCGAAGUUCAUGAUUUCCACCGACGUCAAGAAAUUGGAGAAAAACAAUUUCAAGCGAUUCCAUCUCCUCUGACUUCAGAAAAGUCUCUCCCAACAGAUUCUAUUGAGACAGUGACAACAACUACGACCGUUCGGGAGUACCACCCUUCUGAUGAUGUUCCGUCCUCACCAGCGCCAUCUGAUCGAGCCAGUCAGGCUGAAGAAGACGUUGAAGAGAAAUCGUUCGCAAGAGACGUCCAGGACGGUGUUCACGACCACGAUGCAGAAGAAAUGGCAGCUCACAAACCAUCUUCUCCUUCUGAGAAAGAAUUCACCCAGACUGUGAUCAUCACCACUCCAGAACACAAACCUGUCGUUGAAGAACGUCGUCCAUCUCUUGGUUCUUUGUCGCACAUCAUCGAAAGCCGUUCGCAUGAGAUCCCAGAGCCAGAAUCUCCAUUCGCGUCUGAAAAAUCGCUUCCAAGACAGUAUUCAGACGAAGAAAUCUCCGAAGAAGCUCAUCAAUCGCACUUCGUUGAGAGUUCUGAAUAUUUCAGCCAGCCGGAAUCUGCUAAACUUCUUGAGAAGGACGAGCCAGAAGAUCGUUCUACUUCGCGAGAAGGGCUUCUAGACAGAGAAGAUUCGGAUGAGGAAGCGGAGGGAGAGAAAAAGGAAGGGUUCGGUGAUAAGUUCCUGGGAUUCGCGAAGAAAGCUGGAAUGGUCGCCGGGGGCGUUAUCGUAGCUCCCGUCGCCUUGGCCGCAGUCGGAGCAAAAGCCGCUUAUGACGCCGUGAAGAACAAAGGAGAUGACGAAGAAUACGGAGAAUAUCAGAAGGUCGAGAGAGAAGAUUUGCACGAGGAAGAACCAUCUGAAAAAGACCAUUUACUGAGAGAUUCUCCCGUCCAGCACGACAUCGAGUCUGAAGAAUUCAGAAGUCAGAAGCCCUCUGAAGACGUGACUGAACUAAAAAAGCGAGAAGAAAAACAUUUGAUCGAGUCUGCAGAAUACGAAAGCCCCGCUGAAUCAGAAGAACAUCAUUUUGUUGAGUCUGACAGAUUCAAAAGCUCUCCAAAAGACCAAGAAGACGUGACUGAACUUGAAACUCGGAAAGAAAAGCAUCUGAUCGAGUCUGCUGAGUUCGAAAGCCCCGCUGAACCAGAAGAACAUCAUCUUGUUGAGUCUGAAGGAUUCAGAAGCUCUCCAAAAGACCAAGAGCCAUCUGAAGACGUCGCUGAACUCCAAGCCCAAGAGGAAAAACAUCUUAUCGAGUCUGCCGAGUAUGAAAGUCCCAUUGACGAACGAAGAAGAGUUUCUGAAGAAGAAAUUCAUCAUAGAGACCAGCACUUCAUCGAAUCUGAAGACUUCAGAAGCUCUCCGAAAGAACAAGAGCCAUCUGACGACGUUGUUGAACUGCGAACUCAAGAGGAGAAGCAUUUGAUCGAGUCAGCUGAAUACGAAAGCCCAGCCGAUGAACAGAGAAGAGCUUCAGAAGAUCACUUCCAGCAGAAAGACGACGCCUACAGUUCUCCUAUUUCCACCAGACUUUCUGGAGACGUCGACCAACAGGACACUCCGCGGAGCUACGCCGAAAGUCUUGACGCCAUGGCUGACGCUGCGGCAACACAAGUCGUCGCAGAAGUUCUUGAUCCGCGUUACAUUGUCGAAUCUGAAAAGUAUGAAGCUCCGAUUUUGGAACAACGAGUUUCUUCGCCAGUUCGAAAGGAUGAAACAGAUCAGUAUGGCUUUGAGAACGUCGCUUUUGAAGUCGAUACCGAGCAGGAGAAAGAAGCCAGAAUUGAGCAAGACCCUCACAUCGUCGAUUCAGAAGAGUACAUUGCUCCAAACCAAGAACGCGAGUUGGAAUCUCCAUCCCUGUCAGAAAAACAAGAACGAUUUGGCUUUGAAGCUGAGCAAGAUCAAGAAAGAGAAGCCGUUGAGCUUCAGGAACCUCUAGACUCUGAAGAAUACGUCAUCGAGUCGGAAGAAUACGCGGCGCCAACUUUUGAGCAACGACUAGCGUCACCAACGCCUUCGGAUCAGUCGGAAGGCGACCAGUCCGCCUUUGAAAACCCCGCAAAACUGCCCCUAGACGACGUGGAGAAGCACCGCUCUCAACACGGGUCCGCUCACUCCUUGGUUGAUGAAGCUGCAAUUGAGAACGUCACCAGAAUGCAAUACCGAGACGUUGAAGAAGAGUCCGAAGACCACGCCGCCCCUGGCCAUGACGACUACGAUGAAUGGAAGGUCUACGGCGCUCAGGGAGAAGUUCUCCACGACUUCUCCGAACAACUUUCUGAGAACGUCAUCCAGGAAGCCGAGUCCAACGCCAGUCACUUCAUCGCAACGUCUCCGCGUCACCCUAAGAAAUUUUUGAAGCAAGAAUCUUGCCAAGAUGUCACCAUCGAGCCUGAAGUCGACUACCAGUCUGACCUCCAAGAGAAGCUUGACAUCCUUGCUAAUGAAGGCCGGCAUAAAAUGGAUUCUGUGAAGGAGGAAGAGUAUCCUGAACAACUUGACGUCAUCCACGAGUCCGACUACGAGGAGCAGGACGAGAAGACCAUCAUCCAGGAUGCUGCAACUCGGCUCGUUGACGAGGUCAUCGAGCAGGUCAUGGAGACGGUCGCGCUUGACGAGCUCAAGCCAGUAACUUCUGAAUCCAACAUCUACUUCACUGCCACUGAGCAAUCCAAAGACGACAACUACGAUACCUGCGUGACUUCGCAGGAAGACACCUAUGAAUCAGCUCAUGGGUGGACCUCCCAAGACUCCGAAUAUACUACAGCGACGAGUGGCGCGACCAGUCGGCUGAGUGAUACCGACACUGAUACGGCUCGUCAAGACGCCGCUACUCCGUUGGCAGUGCUAUCACCGGUCGACUCGGACCGCCACUUUACCGUCGCACAGGACUACGAAAUACCAGUUAUUCGCGCAUUUGAUCUAGAAGAUGCUAAUACAGCUCGUUCCACCCCUGACGUUCCACUUCAGGUUACGAUCGAAGAGGAAGAGUCAGAUGAUCUGCUGCCGACCAGCCCAAGCGGUGUGUUGCUCGCGCCUUCGAUGGAUCCAGGACGUCCGAUUUCGCCAGUUCCACCAGGCCGCGUCGUGACCAAGGGCGAUGAGGACGAAGAAGAUGGAAUCUUCGUGUUCGUGGAGAAGUCUGAUGUCAGCGACGAGCCAGCUCCAGACGACCCCAGCAUCCAUGAGAAAGCCAUGGACGCCAACACCGACGAAAGCGACUCUCGUUAUUCGCGUCAACAGUCGGACAUGUCGUCGGAGAGCCACGCUGACACAGUCAUCCAGAAGAACGUCGAAGCCGAAGCCGACACAGUCACCAGCGUCGAAGACCUUCAGUCGAUGUACGAAGCCACGACGCGCUCUGGGUCCACCGAUUCGCUGGACAACACUUCCAUGAAGAGCUCCGGAAGUGGGAAGCAGUCCAGCGCUUCUUCAGUCAUCGUUCGCGAUAUUCAAAAAGAAGAAAUGCACCUGGAUGUCGAACCUCAAAAGGAGGCUGAAGUCGAAUAUGAGGACAAAGAAAACGCUCCAGGAAAACCUGAGGAUAAGGAGGAGUCUCCAAAAUCAGUCGAAGCCUCGCCUGAGCUUGAAGGCUUCGAGGUCUACCCACCUGAAGGAGAAGAACCAUCGCCAGAAGAACUAGCGACCGUCGAAGAGGAGCCCGAAGAUUCAGACUCGAUGAACGGAGGCAGUGGAAACUCUUCCGUAGGCAUGCCUUCUGACACUCUUGGUCUCGUCGGCCAGUACAAGCACGUCUCCAGCGACAACAUCUCCCUCUCCAGCCUUCAGGAAUUCGAACGUCUUGAGCAGAUCGUGUCAGCUCGUGGAGAAGGCAGCCUGACAGCCAGUGAGAUCGAGCUCUACGCUGCUGGAAAGCUCCGAAGUGGAGAAGGAUCUAUCUCCUCUCUGGCCGAGUUUGAGAAGCUCGAGCAAGAAGCCGUGGCCAACCAAUCGCCGCAGGACGAAGUCAUGAUGCUCUCAGAUAUCCGCGAAGAGUCCGAAGCGGAAGACAUGAGUAUCAGAGAUGAUGACGAGGAGCUGGAACCUUCAGAUGCCGAGAUGAAGACGCGACCAGUCAACGACGAGGACGUCCGCGGAGCAACUCCAAUUGCCGCUUCUCCCACUGAUUCUCUAGAGCGUGAACACCUUCCCAGCAUCCAGAUGUUGGAGACCAGCACCGAUUCCUUGGAGCCGACCUUCCAGGAGGUCUCCGUGGCUCCAGACGCUCCGGACAGCAUGGAUGAGACUUCCCUGGCCGAGUACGAAGUCGUGUCUCGAAUGGAUGCAGAUUCCUUGGAGCACAUCCCUCAGGACAAGGACUCUCUUCUGGAAGGCGCCAGUCAGGGCGUCGAGAGUCAGGACACGUUCGGUCUUCUCAGCGGCGACACCGUCGGAACUUAUCACGACGAGGACAAGGAUUCUCUCGACGGCGACAUGGCCAACAUGCUGCGCUCCUACCCGACCACGCUCACCACGUUCGAGACGACCGCCGUCCGUCCCGAUGGCUCCGUUCAGACGAUAUCGCGUCGCGUCGAGACCAGGGUUUGUUCCGUUUUUGAAAUUUUGGUGAAAAAUUCGAAAUUUCGUUUCUAAACUUGUAUGUAAAAUCAACAUUUUUUGAAUCUCAAUUCUUAAAAAACGUUUCUCAGCCUUGCAUGAACCAACCAAGUUAAGAAAAGCCUCAAAAAACGGUGGAAAAUUUUUAAAGUGAGAGAUGAGCCGGGACCUGAAGAGACGCCAGAGAAAUAGAAAACUCCUAGCUUCUCUGGCAUCUCUUCAGGUCGCCAGUGUUCUCUUCACAAAGUCUUCUCCUAGCUUAAAAACUUGAGAAACAUUUUGAAGACUUCAUUAGAAACUUUGAUUGUUGAUACCUGAAUAAUUAAAGGUGCGCGAUCCCCUGCUCAGCCACGUCACCUUCACCGGCACGGAAAGUGAAGAACGUCUCAAUCAACUCCCAGACGAGGAACAGUUCGAAACGGUCGAUUCCGAAGGAAACGUCACCAGAACCGUCUUCCGUCGUCAGUCGCCCACUGGCCAGCAUCACUGA